CAUGACACAAACAACAUUGACGAUGAUGGCGUUACGCGUUGAUGCACCAGCUCCAGAGUUCAGAUAACGACACAUUAAAUUAAAAUGGAUGACACCACUUAUAAUUUACAAGAUGGAUACGGUUCGUCGGACGGUGAGACUACUUCGAAUUCAUUUUUAGCGGAUGAGCGAGGUCCUGGAGAUCGCGUCGAAGCCAGUGAGUCCACCGGCAGUGCAGGCAGCGGUGGCGACUCGGAGCAAGAAAUCGAAAUGAUUCUCAGACCUCGGAACGUGCGGGCUCGCUCCAAAGAAAGACACAUGUUUGAUGACGAUGACGAUAGUUCUACAGACUCGGAAGAAGAGGAAGAAAACAGGCGAGCGAUGAGGGAGCAAGAUUCGGACAGUAGCAGCUCGAGCACAGAGUCAGAGAACACACAAAUAUGGGUACCAGCUAGGAACAGUACUACUCUGAAAGUCUCACGCUCAAAAGACCAAAUAUGGCUACCGAGCAGCGUUUCCAAUACCAGCAUGCCCUCCUUGCCUAAUGGCGGCACAUCAGUCCGUAACAGUAUGGUCAGUCAGAGCACCACAGGAAGGGUGGAAACGUCGCUUGUCAUUGAUCCUGAACCCUGUGGAAAUGGAGAUUCAGGUAUAGGUAAUGGCAGUCCAGAGACCCAGAGCACAGUGGAGCACUACCCGUCCCACACAGAGAUCAGGCCAGCCACCCCCGGGUCCAUGGGCUCCCUGGAGUACAGAGCAGGGCUGUGCAAUGGUGAUGUUCAAGCACUACGCAACAUGCAGGAAGCUUUCAGAUCCAGCCUGUUUAACAUCCUUAGUGGGCUGUACUCCAUCUUUGUCAUCAUCCUUGGUGCUGUGCUGCCCAUUGCUGAAAUAUUUGCACAGCCUGUGGCCAUUAACUUCUUUGAGGCAUUUUAUAUCUACCUGUAUGGCGUCAGCAUCAUCUUCCUGAUUUAUGUCUACGCAUUUCUUCUGCAAAAUGCCACUUCGGAAUAUACUCGCAAGAGGGCACAACAGGCAAAUAAUGCUCACACCGCCAUCUUGGAAAAAUCUCGCAAAGUGUCCAUUGACAGCAGUGGGAGCCAUCACACUGGGAGCUUUUAUUUGAGACUAGGCGCUGUGGGGUUUGGAAUAGGGAACAUGCUCCUGGAUGGAUUAAGAUUUGGGGAGUUCUUUGAAAUGGACCUGUCCUCUCCUUGCAGUAACAUCCUUCUUGCCGUCAGACCUAUGGUGCAUCUGGUCUUUACCUUUGUACAGCUCUAUUUUAUCUUCCUCAACUCUAAGAUGUGUAUUCACAAAUACAAAGUCCUGGCACGGUUUGGUCUGAUGCACAUGUUUGCCACCAAUAUCUGUGUGUGGUUGCGCAAUCUCAUGAAGGAAACGUUACGCGAGCUGCAGCACAAAGCGGUGAACACGAGUCUGACGGAGUAUCUCUCUCUUCAACACUUCACUCCAGUACAUCUAAGAGAUGCUGCAGGGGUGUUAAAACAAGGAGCAGCAGAGGCACCAAAUUACAACAUCAGUACCAACAUGACCACCAGGAACCCUCCGAUCUUGACCCUGUUAGACUGCCAGAGACGGGACAUUAUGGGGAAUGUGGUGGACCAGGCAGCCCCAUAUCUGUACCCAUGUGCUGUACAGUAUAGCCUCAUUGGUUCAGCCAUUCUUUACACAAUCUGGAGGAACAUUGGCAAGAGAACAAGUCCCCUUUCUACAUUUUAUUCUACAAUCCAAAACAACUGGUCACCAAAGAACAAAGUUCAGACCCAGCGUCCAGUCUGUGACAAUCAGCGCCAAAUAGUGGACUGUCAAGGUUCUACCAAAGGACUGUUUGUGGGCAUUCUCCUCCUGGUAGUGACCAUCAUCUCGAUGAUUGCAUUCUUUGUGCUGGUUGAGAAGCCAUCGUACCAAAGUAUUGCCGUUAUUGUCGUCCAUGCCGCGGAGAUUACCCUGCACCUUAUCACAGCAGUCACAGUCUUAGCUGCAUUUUUCAGAGUGCAGGAUCUGUAUUUUAAUAUCAAAAAAGACAUAGGGUUGGAUGAGACUCUCCUGCUUAUCUCCCUCACUGGUGUAUAUAUUUUCUCAAUUUUCAGUAUUGUCGCAGGGUAUUACAACACAACUACGUACGGUGGCACCCUUAUAGUGGUGACAGGAACUCUUCAACUUCUUGAGUCCUCUUUGUUGACAAUAUUUGUCCUGAAUGGACUGAGGCGGCGAUCGUACAAACCAAGCCAUGAGGAGAGCAAGCCUGGCAGAGAACUUGUUACCUUCUUAUUAGUAUGUAAUAUUGCCAUGUGGGGGGUUAACAUCUUUCAAACAAGGAGGGCAGAAGUCAAUCCAGUUCAGACUGAUUUCUACGGCAACCUGCUUUGGGUGAUUAUUUCGCACAUUUCUACACCAUUGAACAUAUUCUUCCGCUUCCAUGCAGCUGUCUGCCUAGCCAAUAUUUGGAGAAAUGCGUACAAGGUCAAGGUCAAGUAAACAAAAGUUUAAGUCACUAAGUAAUUCAUUUUGCUUCUGUCCUUAUUAUGGUAUAGGUAGCUAUCAAAGUAAUACUCUAGAAAUGUGGUUUCAAGCCGUUGAAACUAAUAUUUUCCACUUUUAUUGGCAAGGAACACUCAUUUGCUUUUUUGGUGCCGAAAUAAAGUGGGUGAAAAUAAAAUUUGAACUAUAUUGGAUUUUGAUUUAAUACUUGUUUAAAAUGAGUAUAAUCUAAUAUUUCCAAGAUAUUUGUUUUUGUAUCCUCAUAAGCUGAUUAAUGAUUUAGAGACAGGUAUCCUCAAAGAGGUUAUUUAUUUUGAAAUAGUUGUUGGAUAAAUAUUAAACACGCACUGCCACAUUUAUACAUCUCCUCUUUGCAUCUUAAGUGUAAGUUCUAUGAUGAAUAAUACUGAUGUACAAAUAAAAAAUACUGGGCAGUAAUAUAUACCGGUAAGACAGUUAUGAAAUAGAUAAUUGUGCAGACAUUUUUCAUUUUUGCUUUUGCUGUAAGUGUGUAGGUCUUGGCUUAUCGGUACUCCUAGUGUACUCCUAAUGUUAAUAGCUACUGUAACAGACACUUUGGUCCUGUUUUCACAUGCUAUACAUAAUGCUUUCAAAGUAUGUUUAAAUGUUAUAGAAAAAGGUGCAACAUUUACCUAAAUCAGUCCAUGUAUUUUAGUAAUAAAUAUGCUAGUAGACAAUCGAGUUAUCAUGUAAGUAAUAUAUGAAUAUGGCAUAGUGAAGUAUUUUUGAUACAAAGAAUUGUAUGUAUCUUUAUCUGCCUUUGUAUCAAGCAUGUUUUUACAAAUCUGUUCUUGUUAUAUAUUAGUUGCAAUACCAUUUAACUACAAUAUAUAUAUAUCUGUUAGUGGUCCAAAGUCUUACUUGUAGACUGGAAACUUUUUGAAUUAUAUUCAUAAUGAGAUGUGUACUUGCCAUUGUAAUAAUGGAGUUUUUAUGAAUUAAUGGACAUUAUCUUUUUGUUGAAUUUGUUUGAACCAUUCCUUAUUUUUUCUGCAGAUCUCUUCUUGUAAAUGUACAUUUGCAGAUGCCGAAGUCUAUGUAUCUGUUACCAAAUAUGUCUUACCAAGUACAGUUAAUGACACCAUGGGGG